AUGCACAACGACAUGGUUUCUUGGACAUCUUCGAUAUGCAGCGACCCACGAGGAAGAAUUGGCUUUGGAGUCUUCUUGGCUACGGAGUUGGAUGUAUGCACUCCCAAUGCUCGGACUUACUGCUCGCUCGAUCUCCCGCUGAUGUUUUCGUGCACCACGUCUAGCACAUCCACGUGCUUUCAUUCUAAACCCUGCUUGGCCGAGAAAGAGAAGAAAGUCGGUGGAAGAGUUGUGAAGUCUGUCUUGCAAUGGGAGAUCAUGAUUCAUUCUCAAUUUCUGGAUGAGCGAGUUGACAUGUUCGUUGCGAGCUUGCUGGUGAAUUUUUACGUCAAGUUGGCGCAAGAAUGCUCCACAAGAAUGGCUUUGGAUGAGCUCUCGCGGAGGCGGUCAUUUGGGCGCUUGUGGCCGCCAAGAAUGCGAUGCCACAUCCAUCGCAAAUCGCGCUGGCGAGACCUCAUGGGUACGUUGGUUCGCCUCUAUCGCGAGGAAGAAGAAGAAGCAUCUCUGGAGGUUCUAAUGGCGGCGAUCAAGGCUUGCAGUAGCGGCUCAAUCAGAGAGCUCAACGCCGGAAAGAGGAUUCAUUCCGACGUUCUCGGCGGCAGUGAUGGCUGCUGCUCCAGCGUCUUCGUCGCCAACUCGUUGAUCAACUUGUAUGCCAAAUGCGGCGGCCUGGUGGAUGCUAUGGCAGUGUUUGAGGCAAUGCCGGAGCGCACCAUCGUCUCCUGGAACGCUCUCGUGCUGGCAUUUGCGCUGAACUCGCAUGAAACGCUAGCUCUCGAGUCCAUCUCAAGGAUCCGGCAAGAGGGACUGAAACCCAAUGCUCGAACUUUCGUGGCUGGAUUGAAGGCCUGUGCCAGCUUGAGCUCGACGGGUUUGAAGAAAGAGAGAGGGGACGAAGAGGAGCAAGAAGAGGCCCGCCAUGGACGAAAGGCUGUCAUGAUCAAGUUUCUCGAGAAAGGCAUGGUUUUUCACUCUGAAGCUCUGGCUGCCGGGUUGCUCUUGGAUAUCUACGUUGGAAAUGCAUUGAUCGAUAUGUAUUCCAAGUGUGGAAGCUUGCGGGAUGCUCGCAAGGUGUUCGACACCAUGCCUGCUCGAGACGUGGUUUCUUGGACGUCUUUGAUAUGCGGUUACGCUGAGAACCGCGAGGAAGAACUGGCUUUGGGACUCUUCUCGACUAUGGAGUUGGAUGCAUGCGUUCCGAAUGCUCGGACUUACGUUGCUGCUCUCGUGGCCUGCACGAGCUUGGCCGAGAAAGAGAAGAAAGUCGACAGAAGAGUUGCUGUCCUGCAAAGAGGGAUGGCGAUUCACUCUCGAGCCCUGGACGAUGGCUGCGCGUCGGACAUGUUCUUGGCGAGCUCGCUAGUGAAUUUAUACAUCAAGUGUGGAGACCUGGCGGAAGCUCGCAAAGUUUUCGAUCGAAUGCUCCAGAGGGACGUGGUGACUUGGACGUGUUUGAUCCUGGGAUACGCUGAGAAUGGUUUUGGCGAGCUAGCACUUGGAUUGUUCCAGCAAAUGAUGGAGUGUCAGCAGUGUCAACCAAAUGCCAGAACUUAUGUCGCUGCGCUCGUCGCUUGCUCGAGCUUGGCAGCGAAAGAAAUUGGACAGCAAAUCGAUGGAAAGCUCGUAAAGGUGGAGAGCUUGAGGAAGGGAAUGGCUCUUCACUUGGAGAUCUUGAAGAGGAGCUACGAGUCGGAGACUUUCGUGGCAAACACACUGGUCGACAUGUACUCCAAGUGUGGAAGCUUGAUGGACGCCAGGAGAGUCUUUGACAGGAUGCUGGAUCACGACGCUGUGUCCUGGAGCACUAUGAUCCUCGGCUAUGCCGGCAACGACCAGGACGAGACCGCCAUCGAACUCUUCGAGCAAAUUCGAUGCGAAGGAUGCGUUCCCAGUGCUCGGACCUUCAGCUCGGUGCUAGUGGCGGCCUCCAACUUGGCCGCUUCGACGCAAAGCAAUGCUACUCGCGCUUGGUGCCUGGAACUCGGGACGAGGAUCCACGCUCUGGCAGCUCAAAGCUACUGUGACUCGGACACAUUCGUUGCCAACACUUUGAUCGAUCUCUACGUCAAGUGUGGGAGCCUGGAGAGCGCUCGGGCUGUCUUUGAUCGGAUGCUGGAUGGUCGCGACGCUGUAUCGUGGAACACGAUAAUCCUCGGCUAUGCCGAUAACGGACAAGACGAGCUCGCUCUCGAGCUCUUCUCGAGCAUGAUCCAGCGCCAGCACUGCGAGCCGACUGCUCGGACUUUCGUGGCUGCGUUGCAAGCCUGUGCUGGUUUGGCGGUGAGAGAAGAAUCACAGCGAUCCGGGGAUGGAUCCCAGCUCGUGAAAGCGCGCUGCUUGGAGAAGGUGAUGGAGAUCCACGUGCAAGCCCUUGUGUCCGAAUCUUGGGAUGUUUUCGUGGAGAGUGCCAUGAUCAACGCUUACGGGAAGUGUGGCAGCGUUUUGGACGCUCGCAAAGUGUUUGAUAUGAUGGAGUUUCACGACGUUGUCUCGUGGACGGCUCUCAUCCUCAGCUACGUGGAAAACGGCGAGAGUGUCCUCGGCCUGGAGAUCUUCUCUUGGAUGAAGCACAACUCCAUGGUAGCUCCAAACGCUCGGACUUUCGCGGCGGCGCUCAUGGCCGGUGGAAACUUAGCUUGCCUCGAGACUGGCAGGAGCAUCCACGCCGAGAUUUGCCGCGGGGCGAUCGAGACGGACUUGCUGGUGGCGAGCUGCCUGGUGGACCUGUACGGGAAGUGUGGAUCCUCCGGAAACGCCGAGCGGGUCUUCGAGUCGAUCGAGACGGGGUCGGACCCCGUGAUUUGGAGCGCCCUCGUCUCCGUGCACUCGGUCCAAGGCAACACCACUCGGGCUCUUGAGGUUUUCCACGCCAUGAUACGUGAAGGCGUCCAUGCAAACGGCGUCACCUUUCUCUCGCUGCUGGCGGCGUGCAGCCGGGCGGGCAUGGUGGACGCCGGGAAGAGAUGGUUCCGGGCGAUGAUCCAAGUGUACGGGGUGGUGCCCGGGAUCGAGCACCAUCACUGCCUCGUCGACAUGCUGGGUCGCGCGAAUCGUCUCGAGGAGGCACUCAGGCUUGUGGAGACGAUGCCGUACGAUCCCAGCGUUGUGACUUGGACGACGUUGCUGGCGGCGUGUGAGAAGUGGAACAAUGUGGUGAUUGGGAGGAUUGCGUAUGCUGCGUUGCUCAAGCUGGAUGUUACACAAACAUCCACUUACUCGCUCAUGGCAAAGCUAGAAGCAUCAGCCAGCUAA